AUGCUUGUGAGAAUCAACACACUUCUCCAAGGCUAUUCGGGAAUUAGAUUUGAAAUUUUAGAAGCCCUUGUCAAGCUCCUUAACAACAACGUCACCCCAUGUUUACCACUUCGUGGUACAAUCACUGCUUCUGGAGAUAUUAUUCCUCUUUCUUACAUUGUUGGUUUGCUAACUGGAAGACCAAAUUCCAAAGCUCGUGGACUCUAUGGAGAAAUACUUAAUGCCAAAGAAGCUUUUCAAUCAGCUGAAAUCAAUGUUGAUUUCUUUGAAUUACAACCAAAAGAAGGUCUUGCACUUACUAAUGGAACUUCUGUUGGUUCUGGUUUAGCUUCUAUUGUUCUAUUUGAAGCUAACAUCUUGGUUGUCUUGUCUGAAGUCCUAUCAGCUAUUUUUGUUGAAGUUAUGCAAGGGAAACCUGAAUUUACUGAUCAUUUGACACAUAAGUUGAAGCACCAUCCUGGUCAAAUUGAGGCAGCUGCUAUUAUGGAAUAUAUUUUGGAUGGAAGUGCUUAUGUCAAAGCAUCUAAGGAAUUUCAUGAGACGGAUCCUUUGGAGAAGCCAAAACAAGAUAGAUAUGCAAUUAGAACUUCACCACAAUGGCUUGGUCCUCUAUAA